CCUGCCCACUCCUCCCUCACAACAGGUCAGUCAUCCCACGACUGCCUUCCGCUUGUAACGCCUGCCGUGUUAUCUUUUCAAUACUUUUUGUAUUUGAUAUCGCGAUGAAAACACUGCGGGAAACACUCGCUUUCGUCGCUCAGCUGGCAGUGGGCCUGGCCCUAUACUGGCUGCUUCGCGGCGCCGUGCUGGACACCAGGGAGGUGUCCAAGCUGCGGCGGGCCUGGGAGGCCUCCGGGCCCCAGACCACCGUUGUUGGGAAAGUGCGCGGCCGCCUGGCCGACUCCUGGUGGCUGGGGCCCCUGCGCCCGGCGCCCCUAAGGGACCCUUUUGCCGAGUGCGGCCUGUUGCCCCUCGGCAGUCCCAGUGCCGGUGGGCUGCUGGAGGGUCUGUCGCUGCAGAUCCAUUCACGGGCAAGUUUGGACUGCCUGCAGCGACAAAUGGAGGUGGCCCUCGGUGAACACGAGGCGUUCACCCUCUGGCUCCAGGUGGCCGCAGGCUGUGGUCUCCUCUUCGUCUUCCUGGUGGCGUGCAGCCUCCUCCUGGGGCGGAGCAGAUCGCGGCGCGGACUGCCCCAGGAGGAAGCACCCCAGGAAGAGGAGGAGGCUUCUCUCCCAGGCACUCCUGCCGAAGAUGUGCCUGUGGCAGUGCAGGAGGCCGCUCCUGCCGAGGCACGGCCAGCACAGGCAGAGGAAGAAGAAUCCCUCCCUGGCAAAGUGUCUGUGGCCCUUCAGGAGGCUGCCCCUGUUGAGGCCCGGCAAGCACAGGCAGAGGAUGAGGCGUCCCUCCCUGGCGCUGUUCCUGUGGCCCUUCAGGAGUCUGCUCCUGUUGAGGCCCGGCCAGCCCAGGCAGAGGAUGAGGCGUCCCUCCCUGGUGCUGUUCCUGUGGCCCUUCAGGAGUCUGCUCCUGUUGAGGCCCGGCCAGCCCAGGCAGAGGAGGAGGAAUCCCUCCCUGGCGCUGUGUCUGUGGCCCUUCAGGAGUCUGCUCCUGUUGAGGCCCGGCCAGCCCAGGCAGAGGAUGAGGCGUCCGUCCCUGGCGCUGUUCCUGUUGCCGUGCCGGAGAUUGUUACUGCCGAGCCUCGGCCAGCUCAGGCGGAGCAGCCGGGCGCGGAGGCUCGCCAGGCUCUCCGUCAGGAGUGGUGGUAUACCCAUCACCUGCCGCCACGUUACGCACGGCGCCUGCUGGACAUAAAGGUCAUCAGGAGUUUACGCUCCAAGAGCUGCGCACAGUUCAAUUACGACAAAACCACGAAGCAGCUCCUUGUCAGAGGCCCAAAGCACGAUGCCCUGGCAAUGCACAACGCCAUCAGGGACGUGCUGGCCACGUUUGAACGCCAGGACAAGGAGGCUGCCGACGCCCGCCGCCGUCAGCAGUGGUGGCGCUACACGCUGUACAUGCCGCCCCGAUACGUGCGCGCCCUGCUGGGUCCCGAGAGCACCUACUUAAAUAAUCUGCUGGCGCGCUACAACGUGAAGGUGGAUCACGACCCGACGAGGAGGAGGCUGGUCCACGUCCAGGGCCCCAGAAAUGACGCCCUGACAGUUUACCGGGCCAUCCAGGAGAUGUUGGCCACCUGGCGGUGGCAGGAAAAGCCUCAGUAUUAGCUUUCAUUGCUUCUCGUGGCAUCAUGUGCUGAGGCCAUCACGCACCGAGGAUUACUCUUUGGCGAUCUUCCACACACUCGGUAACAGGCCAUCACGGAUCAGGACGCUUGGCGGGUUAUGCAAUACUUGGGCUCCCGUCUGCCACUGGAGGCUGUCCUUACCCCCGCCCCAAGGCCACACACUCGGAACAGUCAUCAAGGAUCAGGACGCUUGGCGGGUUAUGCAGUACUUGAGCUCCCGUCUGCCAUUGGAGGCUGUCCUUACCCCCGCCCCAAGGCCACACACUUGGAACAGUCAUCAAGGAUCAGAACGCUUGGCGGGUUAUGCAGUACUUGGACUCCCGUCUGCCAUUGGAGGGUGUCCUUACCCCCGCCCCAAGGCCUCACACUCGGAACAGUCAUCAAGGAUCAGGACGCUUGGGGGGCCAUGCAGUACUUGGACUCCCGUCUGCCAUCGAAAGGUGUCCCUAACGCCGCCCCAAGGCGUCUCAUGACUUAACUUUUCUUACUCUUGAUACAUUCAUAGAUCAAUG